AGCCAAACCAGAAUCAGUCGUAGUGUAACCGUGGUCGAGUUUAGUAGCAGUUACGUUGGUGGCUGCUUCCGCGAGUGACUAAAGUAAGCAUAAAAACAUGUGAAUAGUGUGGGAACUCAUAACAUAAACAUCCAGUCAGUAGACGAUUUUCAUGUGCUGCGGUGCUCUGAAGAACUACUUAAACAGUGUUGUUGUUUGUUAGUAGAAAGUGCGGGUUUUUGUGCCAUUCGUGCAGAACAACAUCCCGCAAGAAAGAAUUGAAUGCAUGAUCGCGCACCCGCCGUCGAUUGCACAAACAUGAAUCAACUGAUGCAGUAAAUAACAACGCAGAAUAAUCGCACUUGGGGAAAGUAUCAAACAGCUGAUGGUGGAACGAAAUAACGUGCAGAAGACGAACCUUGUGUUUGAGUGAAAAUAAGAAUGCUGAAACAGCUGUUUUCUUGUGAGAGAUAAAGUGUGUGUGUGUGUGAUGUGCGAUAAGAAGAAUCAUAGUUCGGAACAGCAACGACUGUGCUAGGUUUUGAAGUUGAGUGCCCGCGAGGGUGUUUUGUGUUAAGUAAGUGCUACUGCUGUUGUUGCUGGUGCUGAGUCGUGUCUGGAACCACCUUGAUUAUAAUGACGAAGAAACGCCAACAGCAGUGAGAGAAGAACCAGUUUUUCGGUGUUGUGCCUCUGAGAAACAUCCAUCGUAGAGGGGGAGUGAAUAGAACAGAAGCCGUGCGUUUCGGCCUGGCAAGGUUGGCAGAGGCAAUUGUGGAUUGGUUGCUGUUCUCCGCGUGUACAUCCUCGUGGCAUCGUUUUAGUUUAGUGCCACAGCGCUGGGUUUGCAGUCCUGAUCGGAGGCGUGAAAUGACCCACGACGACGUUAGGUCUGAUCAUCUUCAACGAGUCGCAUCGGAAAAGUCAGCGCCAAGGAGCAUCAUCGUCGUCUUGAUCACUGCCGCUUGAAUCACUCUCUCUCUCGCUCGUUGACUUCGGCUCGCGAAUGGUUUGCGUUUAAACACUGACUGACAGACGGACAGAUAGCAUCUCUUCUGAGGAGAGUCGGCAACCGUUGCUCCUCGGCGACUAAUACUCCGGCGCGCAUAAUGCCAUUAAUCAAGUUGAUUAUUAUUAUGAAUGUAAUUAAGUGGAAAAUGUGUGCAAACGAAGAGGAAAUAUUUUAAUAGCAGCACUGGUGGUGUUCCGCAGCAAUCAUUAAGGCCGUCGAAGGGCCGCCAAGGAAGUGACGUGGUGUUUUUCUACUUUCAGUGAUUUUUCGUUUUGGUCCUGGUGUCUGUGAUAUUUUUAGGCGAACCAGGGGAAAAAGCGAAGGAAGAAUACAUCUGUGAGAGUUGAACGCGUGGCCCAAGGCAGAAAACGAUGGCGCUUCGUUGGCUCGAGUUGUGUUUAAAAUAUAGAUUAGUGUUAGUAGGUUUAAUCGUUGUGAUUUAUUGUGUGAGCAAAGCUGCAGGAAGUGCUGGAAGUGAUGGUUCUUCGGGAUCUCUAACGCACGGUGAUUAUCCUUCAGAUGGAUACUAUCAGCAAAAUCCGUACCAACAGCGAAGACGUCAUCACUAUCGGGAAGGUCACCAUCGGAGAUCUGCGUAUCGUCGAGCUCGCGCCCCUCAUGAUGGCCGCGGGCGGGUCAAGAAGAGUGGUGUCGUCGAGGGAAUCCUCGCGCAGGACUCCCCCAUCAAUGACAUUAUCCGGCAGGCACGGGAACGUAAACCGAACAUCAUUCUCAUUCUGACCGACGAUCAGGACGUUGAACUCGGCUCGCUGAACUUCAUGCCCCGCACGUUGCGUCUCCUGCGACAGGGUGGUGCCGAGUUUCGUCAUGCAUACACAACCACGCCGAUGUGCUGCCCGGCAAGGUCCUCGAUCCUAACGGGAAUGUACGUCCACAAUCACAACGUGUUCACCAACAACGACAACUGCUCCAGUACCACCUGGCAGACCACCCACGAAACACGCUCGUUUGCGACGUAUCUUUCGAACGCGGGCUACCGAACCGGUUAUUUCGGCAAGUAUCUCAACAAGUACAAUGGCUCGUACAUCCCGCCGGGGUGGCGCGAGUGGGGAGGGUUGAUAAUGAACUCCAAGUACUACAACUACAGCAUCAACAUGAACGGGCAGAAGAUCAAGCACGGGUUCGACUACGCCAAGGAUUACUAUCCGGACUUGAUUGCGAACGAUUCGAUUGCGUUCCUGCGGCAGAGCAAGCAUCAGAACCACCGGAAGCCGGUGCUGUUGACGAUGAGCUUCCCAGCGCCGCAUGGUCCGGAGGAUUCGGCACCGCAGUACAGCCAUCUGUUCUUCAAUGUGACGACGCAUCACACGCCCGCCUACGAUCUGGCACCGAAUCCGGACAAGCAGUGGAUCCUCCGGGUGACGCAACCGAUGGAACCGAUCCAUCGCAAGUUUACCGAUCUGCUGAUGACAAAGCGGCUGCAGACGCUCCAAUCGGUGGACGUGGCAGUGGAGCGGGUCUACCAAGAGCUGCAAGCCCUGGGUGAACUGGACAAUACCUACAUCAUCUACACCUCGGACCACGGUUACCAUCUGGGGCAGUUUGGGCUGAUCAAAGGCAAGAGCUUCCCGUUCGAGUUUGACGUUCGGGUUCCGUUCCUGAUGCGGGGACCGGGAAUCGAACCGGCCAGUGUGGUUGACGAGAUCGUGCUGAACGUGGACUUGGCACCGACGUUUUUGGACAUUGGCGGAGUGGUGCCGCCCCCGCACAUGGAUGGUAAGAGUUUUCUGCCGCUGAUUUUGAACCGUCACAGGAAUGCGAUCGAGAAGUGGCCGGAUACGUUCCUGAUUGAGAGUUCCGGUCGCAGGGAAACUCCCGAGCAGAUGCAGGAGCAGCGGAUGAGGGCGGCCGCGGCGAGGUACAGUGCGCGUCUGAAUGCGGCCAAUUCGAGCGUGAUGACGGUGAAUCAGCGGGGGGAGAGUGUGGUUUCGCAGGAGGCGGUGACCGAGAGCGAGAAGAUGGAGGAGGAAGUGACGAUGGAUUUCGGAUCCCAUGAGCAUGACGAGGACGAGGACGACGGGGAGGGGGAUCAUGAGGAUGAUGAUCACCCUAUAGAAGAUUCGGACGUGGAAAUGGCCGAAGCCCGGCAGGAACAAGAGGACUACGUUAUCGAUCACCAGGAAGCGCAGCAUUUCGGUGUUAGUGAAGCCCAUCACGACCCGCUGGACAAUCACCUACCGAUGUCGCCGUUCCGGUCGAAGAUGGAACGCCUCAAUAACGAGUGCUCGAACCCGACCCUGCAGCAAAACUGCGUCGCCGGACAAAAGUGGCGCUGCAUCAACGAGGACGGGCGCUGGCGCCGGCACAAGUGCAAGUUUCACCUGCAACUGCAGAGCCACCUGGCCGAAAUCAACAAACUAUCUAGUCAGAACAAGCGCAACUGCGCCUGUUUCACCCCGGAUGGGCUGAUCUACACCAAGAUCAAAUCCAAACGGGACUACAAGCAUCACAUGCUGGGAGGGCGAAAUCCAGGUCACCGCAGCCGACGGCAGAAACGGAACUUGGAGGACGUCUAUGCGGAGGUCUUUCUGGAAGCGAAUCCGGAAAUGGCUGGUUUGGUUAGGGUUGCCAGAUCGGUAGUUGAAGUGGAAGAGGAAAUCCAAUCUAGUCAGGAGGGCGGAAGGAGAAGCAAGCGGGAGGCGACCGGUAGCGGAGGUGGUGGUCAGAUUGAGAGUGUGAUUCACGAGUUGAAGAGCACGUUGAAGGACAUUGAGCGAAAUUUCGAGCAGAAUUCAGUGCUGAAGAAGCAGAAUUCGACGGCGGCUGAGGAAGUGGAUCUUCCUGGUACCAAGUGUUUUGUCACAGCGAUAGGGAAAGUGAAUUGUUCGAACGUCAUCUACGAGGACGAAACCAGCUGGAAGCGAAGUCGCAUGCAAAUAGAUAUGCUGAUCAAGGUAUUGAAAACUAAAAUAAACGAUCUGAAGGAUAUCAAGAAGCACUUGAAGGAACACAGGCCGUCUAGCUUCCGAGAUGAGGAUGGGGACGAUGAAGAGGAUAAUCAAAGUGCAUCUUUCGAGCAGGAUUAUGAACUCAAAACUACAACUAGUACUACCACGACGUCAACUAGUACAACAACAUUGAACCCAUUCUUGGAGCAGGUAUUCCAAAGGAGGGAGCCUUUCAACCGAACUGGUUCAGGAAAGCGUCCAAAACAGAAUAGUGGUAUAAACCGGAGGCGUCCGAAGCCUGCAAGAACAGAAGACGAAGAAGGAACACUGAUCGACAUGACUUUGUUCGAAGCUGGUGGUAACAAUGAAGAGGCUCAACCGGAGCUAAGCAGUUCCAGAUCUAGUCAGAACAGGCACCGAAGCAAUGGUCAUUCGCUUGGAGUGAAUGGCAAGCACCGUAGUAGAAAUCGUCUGGAAUCCCAAUCGACGACGUCCACCACAACAAGCGCUGCUAGUUCUUCCAAUGAACCCACCUCGAUUGAACUGGAAACCCCCACUUCCAGUACAACGGAGAAGACAGUUCUUGAGAUAACUGAAGAAAUUCUGCAAUCGAUUGCCAGUUCUACAACCGUAGGUUACCAGCAAUCAUCUAGUCCAUUUUCACAUUUUGUAGACAACGAGAACACAUUCCCGAGCAACACUUCCUCCUUUUCCAUUGUGACAGAAGCAUCUGGCUUUGAUGAAACGCCCUUCCAAGUAGAUCCAACCACAGCGGAAACUGAAUCUCCCUCGCUAGUCGACGACGACGACACCGACACCAACCCAGUGCUGCAGAAUGCCACCACCACGACGACCACGGUGGCAAACGACAUCUUCAGCGUCAACGCCAUCACGCACAACCAGAUUCCGGUGGUUAAGCACGACACCGCCCUCCCGGCUGCUGAGUGCUACUGCGAACCGGAAGUUGACGGACCUCUGCCUGACGAACGGGACCUGGCACGGGAAACGCGCCGACGUUUGAAGGAGGAACGCCAGAGGAAGAAGGAGAGGAAACGCCAGCGGAAGUCCAAGCUGGGCAAGGAAUGCCUCUCGGAGCGAAUGAACUGUUUCAACCACGACGCGAACCACUGGCGGACGGCACCGAUGUGGGACGAUAAGCCGUUCUGUUUCUGCAUGAAUGCGAACAACAACACGUACUCGUGCCUGAGGACGAUCAAUCAGACGCACAAUUUCCUGUACUGCGAGUUUACGACUGGUUUGGUCACUUACUACAACUUGAGAAGUGAUCCAUUCGAGACGCAGAACCGCGAAUCGACGUUGACGGCGGAGGAAAAGGUAGUGUUGCACGAGACGUUGGAGUACAUGAAGGGUUGUCGGGGUAAGAGCUGUACGCUGCCCAAGCAUCACCAUGGAGCAGGAACAGGAGGAGGAGGAUUAGGUGGAGCGGGAGGUGGCGGUCAACCGGACGGCAGGAUGCCGGGCUCCGUUGGGACGGGUAGCGGCAAGCGGAAGCAUCAUCGGGAUCCGAUGGGUGCGGCCGGUGGCACCAUUCCCGUUCACUUUUCGGACUUUGAUGCCCUGCAAAAUGGAACGCCUAAGAAGAAGAUAAAAUUUCAGAACAAACGAAAGCAACACUGGCAGCAACAGCAACAGAAGCAGCUUGGCAAUCAACAGUCACGAAGUGGCGGGGGCAACUUGGCCAAUGGUAGUCCCCAUCAGCGCCAGUUCCGAGGUGCGGAGCAGUUUCCUAGUCAGAGCCACGAAUUGCUCGGUGGCGGCGGCGGCGGCGGUGGUGGUUCGAAGCGAAAUCGCACCAGCAGACGACCAAUUUGGAGGAGUACAAUCUACAGUGCUUAAGGUAGGACGUUUACGUUCGUUUUAUUUCUAAUUCACUUGGAAAGUGUAUCGCCGAAUGUAUUCUUUUAACGUGCUACUUUUUGGUAAAGAUCAAGUAGUUUGAUGGAGGCAGUUUGCGUGUUGUUGUUGUGCAGAAGUGUGUCCAUUUAGAAAGCCCAGUUAAUUGAAAGGAAAACGACUGAUGUACAUUUUAUUCGUUUUAUUUCGUAAUUGUGUAUAUUUUUUUUUAACAAAAGUUAUCUCUAAGAUUAUUGCAUAAUUUAGGUUAUUUCAGCAACAAAUUUUCAAAAUACUUGUUAUCACAUGUUUCGUAACGUACUAAACGGAAGAAAGCGUUUGCUUGCUAGAUUAGGUCACUGCCAUUCCCCUGUACGCUUAGGAAGUGAAUAUUCAAACCAGUUGUCGAAGCAAGGGUUGAUGCAUUUCGUUGAUGGAGGCUGCUUCUAUUGCCAAAAAAAAGGAGAAAAGAAAUCUGUUGUUUGCUUUAUGCUCUGUGACAAAAAGGUAACAAUUGCACAAACAUUAUUUAGAAUUCAA